GAGCAGUCAGUGGCCUAGCCGACUCCCCGAUACAUAAACGUCUCUUCAUUAUUCCUCAAGUUUACACAUAAACUUGCGGAUUCAAGAAAUUUAUUCUUCAAUAAGUAUUACGACCCAUUAUGGAAUCAGUUAAAAUAUUCAAGUUCUAUAAUUUGUACAAGUCGUGAUUAAUCAUUUCCGUACUAAAUACACCAUUAUUGUUUAAAAUUUUCUUAUAAAAAUAAUGGGCUACGGGUUUUCUCGAAGGCAGUGGGUGACGAUUGCCGUUAUUUCAAUAGCAGACUUUUGUAAUGCAAUAUGUGUAGCGCUGCAGGCGCCGUUCUACCCUCAAGAGGCCGAGAAGAAGCAAUGUUCGGCGACGGAGUACGGCCUGGUGUUCGGCGUGUUCGAGCUGGUGGUGUUCCUGGUGAGCCCGCUGUACGGCGCGCACCUCAACCGCCUCGGGCCCAAGCUGCUCUUCAACGGCGGCAUCCUCACCACCGGCGCCUGCGCCAUCCUCUUCGGGAUGCUGGACAAGGUGGAGGGGCACGGCGCGUUCAUCACGCUGAGCUUCGUGAUCCGCAUGGUGGAGGCCAUGGGCAACGCAGCCUUCCUCACCGCCUCCUUCGCCAUCAUCGCCAAGGAGUUCCCCAAUAACGUCGCUAUCAUGUUUGCGUCGUUGGAGACGUUCUUCGGGCUGGGCCUGAUCGUGGGCCCGGCGCUGGGCGGCGCGCUGUACGCGCUGGGCGGGUACACACUGCCGUUCGCCGUGCUGGGCUCGGCGCUCUUCUGCGCCGCCAUCAUGAGCUGCGUGGCGCUGCCCCGCACCAACGACGACGAGGACCUGCGCCCGGCCGGACCCAGCAUCUUCACGCUGCUGCGGGUGCCGGGCGUGCUGCUGGCGGCCACGAGCAUCAUGUGCACCAGCAUGAGUAUCGGCUUCCUGCAGGCCACGCUCGAGCCGCACCUGCGGCAGUUCAGCUUCUCGCCCAUGAUCCUGGGGCUGAUGUUCGUGAUCAACGGCGGCGUGUACGCGGUGUCGGCGCCGGCGUGGGGCUGGCUGUGCGACCGGCCCGCGGUCAAGCCCAAGUACAUCACAGUGCUGGGCUGCGCCUUCAUCGCCGCUGCCUUCCUGCUCAUCGGCCCUGCACCCUUCAUUUAUGAUCAGACGUUGCUCUGGGUAACAGUGCUAGGCUUAGUGCUACACGGAUUAGGCAUGGGCAGUCAGCUAGUAGCUUCCUUCGCAGACGCGCUCGGUACUGCUAUAGCGAGUGGGCUGCCUAAUUCUAUAGAGACGUAUGGACUGGUUUCCGGUAUGUGGACGUCCACCUUCGCGCUGGGAGCGUUCAUCGGGCCCACGGUCUCCGGUCUUCUGUUUGAUUCCAUAGGCUUCAAAAGUUCUACGAUGUUUAUUUUCAUAUUGAAUCUGGUAGUGAUGUUGAUGGUGGUGGUGUACCUGUGGACGUCGGACCGCGCGUCGAAGCUGGACGUGUCGGUGUCGGCCGGCGACCUGCUACAGAUCGACGGCACGCUGGACGGCAGCGUGCUCAUCGGCGACGAGUACCCCACCGCCACGCAACGCGCCAAGAGCCACCGGCGCGGCAUCAGCGUGGAGCAGUCGCGGCCGCCGGCCAUGAACAGCCUGAUCGCGUGCUCCAGCUACAAGAACCGGCGCUCGCCGUGGAGCCAGCGCACGCCGCGCUACCGCCCCUCCUACGGCAGCCUGGACGCGCGCUUCCGAGGCGCAAUGUCCGUCGUGUAAACCCUCACAUUCUUGCCAACUGACAAUUUAAAAAACCAAUCGUAAAUUGUCAGUAGAGAAACAAAUAUGUGUUCAAAGGCGUACUUAUCUUCUAAGUGUAAGGCGUGAGUGCACGCUCAUAUUGGGCAUGCAGCGGGGCGAGCUUGCGGCGUGCAUGUAAAACAAUUGAAGGGUACUCAUACAAGGGUAUGCACGCUCGCCCGCCCCGCCGAGCGCUCCGCACGAGCGUCCACUAAGGCCUUACACUAACGGCUCAGCCACGACAUUGGUCUAAGCGCGACAGCGGCGAGCGUCGGCUAUACAUUGAAGCGAGACACAGCGAUGGGACUUUUCAUUCGCACGUAUGGCUGCCGCUCACCGCUGUCGCGCUUAGACCAAUGUCGUGGCUGGGCCGUAAGGCUGAUUUAUACGGCGCGUGAGCUUGACUGCUUUUUAGUUAAAUUGCGGACUACUUGAGCUUACAUUAAUGUAGCCGACCGAUCAAAUAAUGCAACGUGAUGUAACUCGCAUGCGAGUUGUCGCAUCGUCUAAUCGAGCCCUAACUUUUAAGCAGCUGAAAGAUAAAAUAAAUAAUAGUUAAACUACA